ACAAUUUCUCCGCAGUGUCAACGCGAUAAUUCCGACAAAAUCCUGAGGGCAUUUUAGUCCAAAAAAGAUACAGAAACGUCGACGUUAUAAAGCAAACGCACGAAUCACAUACCAGUAGUAUACAAUCAAAAGAAAGACACGGCACAGGUAGCGAAGAAUUGGGAGAGACUAGCUAACCAUUUCUCUCUCAUUUCUCUGUAGUUGUUCAUCUCAAUGGCUCAACAAUCAGAAUCUUAUUCUGGCCGUAAAAACAUGAUCCCUUCAUUUCUCUACGGUUCUUCCACCAAAACCCUACCUAUUCACCAGAUCCUCAGUAACGGUCCCGCUCCUUCAUUGCCUGGAACUGGAUCCGCCGGCUUCAUGAUUCCAUCUCCUAAGGAAUCUGGUAAGAUCGAGAUGUAUUCUCCAGCUUUCUAUGCUGCUUGUACUGCCGGUGGAAUUUUCAGUUGUGGUCUUACUCACAUGACCGUCACUCCUCUUGACCUAGUCAAGUGUAAUAUGCAGAUUGACCCAGCCAAGUACAAGAGCAUCUCAUCAGGGUUUGGAGUUUUGCUCAAGGAGCAGGGAGUCAAGGGCUUUUUCCGUGGUUGGGUGCCUACCUUGCUUGGUUACAGUGCACAGGGUGCUUGCAAAUUUGGGUUCUAUGAGUUCUUUAAGAAGUACUAUUCUGAUAUUGCUGGCCCAGAGUAUGCAAGCAAGUACAAGACUUUGAUCUACCUUGCUGGUUCUGCAUCUGCUGAGGUUAUUGCCGAUAUUGCACUUUGCCCAUUUGAGGCUGUGAAAGUUCGUGUUCAAACUCAGCCUGGUUUUGCAAGAGGUCUCGGUGAUGGGCUUCCAAAAUUUAUCAAAUCUGAAGGAACUUUGGGGCUGUACAAGGGAUUGGUGCCUCUAUGGGGACGACAAAUUCCAUACACGAUGAUGAAAUUUGCCUCUUUUGAGACCAUUGUUGAGCAGAUCUAUAAGCAUGCCAUCCCCAGACCAAAGAAUGAGUGCAGCAAAUCUCUGCAACUCGGUGUCAGUUUUGCUGGUGGAUACAUUGCUGGUGUUCUUUGUGCAAUUGUGUCUCAUCCUGCUGAUAAUCUUGUCUCUUUCCUGAACAAUGCCAAAGGUGCAACAGUUGGUGAUGCUGUUAAGAAGUUUGGUGUGGUGGGGCUUUUCACCCGAGGUCUCCCUCUACGUAUUGUUAUGAUUGGAACACUUACCGGUGCCCAAUGGGGAAUAUAUGAUGCUUUCAAAGUCUUUGUGGGGCUGCCAACCACUGGUGGUGCUGCUCCUGCUCCUGUUGCUGCUCCUGCUGAGAACGCAACGGCAUAAAGUAACCAAUGGUGACAAUUUAUAGUUUGUUUAAGAAACUUAGGAAACCAGCUAAUAGGGGCCAUAAUAAACAGAGGACUGCUGAGGUUGCUUGAGUUCUCAAGCAUGGUUCGAUAUUCUUUCGAAGUUAAAACACUGUUUCCAUUUUUCCUGCAUUUGGUUAUUUUAAUUUUUGGUAGGAUGGUUUUGCUCGCAUCCUUCCAGUUGCUGAAAACUUUGUAGCUAGGAAAGUUAUAAUUUUCCUCUGUCAAACGGAAAUACACAUUUGUUUUAUUGUUUUUGCAUAAGCAUGGACUGAUAUGCAAUGCCUAGGUUGAGAUCAAUUUUUCUUCCAGUUUACCUGAUUAAUUUUCCUCUGGAAUAUAAUUUUUUGGUGUUGAAAUUUA